AUGGCCUUUCCCUCCCAGCUCGGUUUCCAAGAUGCUGCUUCUCCUGUGAUAGAAGAACUUCUUCACUUUCAUGACCACGCUUUAAUGAUUGUCUUUAUAAUUAGCACUCUAGUCCUUUAUUUCAUUGUCGCCCUAGUUACUUCUAGCUUAACUAAUAAGUUCAUCCUUGAUUCCCAGGAAAUUGAAAUUAUCUGAACUGUCCUCCCAGCAAUUAUCCUUAUCUUAAUUGCCCUCCCCUCCCUCCGCAUUCUUUACCUUAUAGACGAAAUUAACGACCCCCACCUAACCAUCAAAGCCAUGGGACAUCAAUGGUACUGAAGCUACGAAUAUACUGACUACGAAAACCUUGAGUUCGACUCUUACAUAAUCCCCACGCAAGACCUGGCCCCCGGGCAAUUCCGCCUCCUAGAAGCAGACCACCGAAUGAUUACCCCCGUCGAAUCCCCAAUCCGAGUUCUGGUCUCUGCGGAGGACGUCCUCCACUCCUGAGCAGUCCCAUCCCUGGGUGUUAAAAUAGACGCCGUACCCGGCCGACUAAACCAAACAGCCUUUAUUACAUCUCGCCCCGGCGUCUUCUACGGACAGUGCUCAGAAAUCUGCGGCGCAAACCACAGCUUUAUGCCCAUCGUAGUUGAAGCAGUCCCCCUGCAACAAUUUGAGGACUGGUCCACCCUAAUACUCCAAGAUGCCUCGCUAAGAAGCUAA